GCACUCCCCUCGUAUCUUGUCUUCUUUAGCGUCACAGGAGCAUGGCGAAGGAGCGUCCUUGUGCCCUACGCUCAAGCUCGAGCUGAGAUAGAGAGAGAGAGGCAGAGGGAGGGGAGAUGCAGCGUCAGUCAGCUGCAGUAGGCAGAGGACAGCAGCAGCAGUAGCAGCAGUGGCUGCCGUUCUCUAUUGUUCAGCUAAAACAUUCUCCUUUCCUCUCCAGCCAACCAGAGGAGCAGAAGCCCAGGAGGUCAACUACAUGUGCCUUUCCUUAGGGGAACACUAACUGAAGAGGCACACAAACUCUUUCAGUCUGUACGACUGAACUUCUUUCUCUGCUCUUGUUGGGGUUUCUUUUCCUCCUGAACGAGUGGAUUUUACGCAACUCAGGGGAGCCAUGGGACUCGGGGUUAGGGGUGCAAGGACAGCGUUCCUGUGUUUAUGGAGGUUAUUUUUACUGCUCUGUGGAAUCUGGACCGCUUGCACCCAAACGUCAGAAGACGGGAAGUCGCUGUACUUCUGGGAGACAGGUCCGUGGGGCAGAUGUAUGGGCAGCGAGUGCGGUCCAGGAGGCAGUCAGAGUCGGGCGGUGUGGUGCGCUCAUGUGGAAGGCUGGACCACCCUUCACACCAACUGCCUUCAGUCCACACGGCCGGCCAACCAACAGAGCUGCUUCCGUGUCUGUGACUGGCACAGGGACCUGUACGACUGGCGGCUGGGCACGUGGAACCAGUGCGUUCCCAUAUCACUGCGCACCGGCCGCACAGGCAUUUGCCUGCAGGGUGAAGAGGGCAUCCAGACGCGGGAGGUGAACUGUGUGCUCAAGGCGGACAGCUCUGCUGCAGACCACGCCAUCUGUGAGUACUUUGAGCCCAAACCCCGGCAGGAACAGGCCUGUUUAAUUCCUUGCCCUCAAGACUGUGUAGUGACCGAGUUCACCCCAUGGACCACGUGCUCCAAGACCUGCGGGCUAGGCCUGCAGAACCGCGUCCGCUCUGUCGUGGCGCCGCCGCUGUUCGGUGGGCUUCCAUGCCCCAAUCUGACGGAGUUCCAGACGUGUGCGCCGAGGGCCUGCGAGGGCAGAGAAAUGGUGUUCAGUCUGAAAGUUGGUGGAUGGAGUGAGUGCAAGCUGCCUUCUUUAACAUCACCUCAGACCUCCUCGGCCGCCCCCUCGCGCACUGCCCGUCAAGCCCGCCGGCGGAAAGGCAAAGAGAGGAAAGGGAACCGAGACCCAGAGAUGCGCGAGCUCAUCAAGAGCAAAAGGAACCGCAACAGGCUGAAUCGACUAGAGGAUGACUUCUGGAAUAUGGAAAUAGGCUACCAGUCUCGGCAAGUGGUGUGUGUGCAUCGAAACGGAAGCACGGUGUCACUCAGCCAGUGUCCCCACUGGAGUCUGCCGGAGACGUACCUGUCCUGCCUGAUGCCCAAAGACUGUGUGGUCAGUGAAUGGAGCUCGUGGGGUUCCUGCUCAAAGACCUGCUUGGACCCCAGUGUUCCUCAGGGCUCACGCUCCCGCAGCAGACAGCUGAUACGACUUCCUACCGGAGGAGGGUCCGAGUGUCCCCAGCUGGAGGAGAGCCAGGCCUGUGAACCCGAAGGGGACGGGGUGCCGCCCUGCGCUGCUUAUGCCUGGCGGAGCACCGAAUGGAGCGAGUGUCGUGUUGACGCACUGCUCAGCCAGCAGGACCGGCGGCGUGGGAAUCAGACGGGUUUGUGUGGCGGAGGUGUUCAGAGCAGAGAAGUGUACUGCGUCCAAGCCAACGCAGAGCUCCUCAGCUACAUCAAUAACAGCAAAGACAAACAAGAAGGCCAGUCUUCAAACGGCCAGAUGCCUAGUGUCCCUCCCCUCCUGUCUAUCAGCUAUGAGAUCUCAGCAUCACAACCCAUAGACGUUCGGCUCUGCAAGGGAACGACUCCGAGUACGAUGCAGCUGUGUCACAUCCCGUGCCCUGUGGAGUGUGAAGUGUCCCCGUGGGGCGCCUGGGGGCCCUGCACCUUUGAGAAUUGCGAUGAACGGGUGGUGAAGAAAGGUUUCAAGUUCAGACGACGUACAAUCACUAAUUACCCCACGGGCGGUGAGGGGAACUGUCCUCAUCUGGUGGAGGCCAUCCCAUGUGAUGAUCCUAGCUGUUUUAGCUGGCAGCUGGUCAAACUAGAGGAGUGUAUCCCAGAGGAAGACAUGGACUGUGGAGAGGGAACACAGACUCCACAAGUCCGCUGCGUCAACAGCGAAGGUACCGAGGUGGAGAAGGAGAUGUGUGUGGAUGAGGUCUACCCUUCAUCUGUGCGCUGUGUGGUUCCCUGCCCUAAAGACUGCGCUCUCAGCCUCUGGACCGAAUGGUCCACCUGCUCCCAGACCUGCUCCAGCAAAACCGCCGAGGGCAAGCAGAUGAGAACCCGAGCCAUACUGGCUUACAAUGCAGGAGAAGUGACGUCAAUGGUAGUGGCAUGGAUUACAGUUAUGGAGGGUCUUACAAGGGUUCCGAAGUUUCCUGAGCUCUAUGGAGGUUCCAGCUGUCCGAACACCAGCGCCCUGCAGGAGGUGCGGAACUGUAAUGAGCAUCCUUGCAUCGUGUAUCACUGGCAGACGGGCCCCUGGGGACAGUGCGUGGAGGACACCACCACAUCCACCCUCAAUACCUCCUCCAGCACAGACAAGUCCACCUGCACCAUGGGCGUGCAAACACGCAAGGUCAUCUGUGUAAAAGUCAAUGUCGGACAGGUGCCGCCCAAAAAAUGUCCUGAAGCCCCUCGGCCAGAGUCAGUGAGACCCUGUCUCCUGCCCUGCAAGAGGGACUGUAUCGUCACACCCUUCAGUGAAUGGACAGAGUGCCCCAUUUCCUGUGGAGCAGGUGUGAAUGGGCAGAAGAAUAAACAGUUUCGCUAUCGAGUCAUCAUCCAGAUGCCAGCUAAUGGAGGUCAGGAGUGUCCAGACGUCCUUUAUGAAGAGAAAGACUGUGCGACUCCAUCUGUCUGUCCGGGUUACAGGUGGAAAACACACAAGUGGCGUAAAUGUCAGCUGGUCCCAUGGAGCAUCCGCAGAGACAGUAAAGGAGCUCAGGAGAACUGUGGAGCUGGAGUCCAAACUAGAGCUAUCUCAUGUAGGCAGCUGGAUGGUACGGUGGCUGAUGUGGUUCAGUGUCUGAAGUUUGCCAGCAGCAUGCCGGUUAUGAGUCAGCCCUGCCAGUUGCCGUGCCGAGACGACUGCCAGCUCACCAACUGGUCCAAGUUCUCUCCUUGCACCUCGGACUGCGUAGGGGUCCGAACGCGGAGGAGAGCUCUCGUGGGAAAAAGCAAGAAGAAGGACAAGUGUAAGAACAGCCAGAUGUACCCGCUGAGCGAGACCCAGUACUGCCCCUGUGACAAAUACAACGCCCAGCCGGUGGGAAACUGGUCUGACUGCAUCCUGCCCGAGGGCCGCGUGGAGAACGCCGCAGGCAUGAAGGUGCAGGGAGACGUGAAGGAGUGCGGACAGGGCUACCGCUACCAGGCCAUGGUGUGUUACGACCAGGACAACAGGCUCGUGGAGACUUCACGCUGUAACAGUCACGGGUAUAUCGAGGAGGCCUGCAUCGUCCCCUGCCCGUCUGAUUGUAAACUCAGCGAAUGGUCCAACUGGUCGCGCUGCAGUAAAUCCUGUGGCAGCGGGGUCAAAGUACGCUCAAAAUGGCUCAGAGAAAAGCCUUACAAUGGAGGAAGACCCUGCCCAAAACUGGACCACCUUAACCAGGCACAGGUGUAUGAGGUGGUCCCGUGCGUCAGUGACUGCAGUCAGUAUAUCUGGAUAGCUGAACCCUGGAGCGUGUGGAAGGUCAGUAACGUGGAUCUGAAGGAGAACUGUGGCGAGGGCGUUCAGACCAGAAGAGUCAGGUGUAUGUUGAACACAGUGGAUGGUCCCUCUGAUGCGGUGGAGGACUAUCUGUGUGAUCCAGAGGAGAUGCCACAGGGCACGAGGGAGAGCCGUCUGCCCUGUCCCGAGGACUGUGUGCUGUCCGACUGGAGCCCCUGGACCCCAUGUGACCUGCCGUGUUCUGGAAGAGGAGAUCGGGAGAGGACGGCGUUUGCGCUGCGUCUGCCUAAAGAGGGAGAGGACUGUCCAGUUAGCAUGCAGACCGAGCCCUGCUUCCUGAACCGCAACUGCUUUCACUACAGUUACAACAUCACUGACUGGAGCACCUGCCAAUUAAGUGCCAGCGCUGUAUGUGGAAUCGGUCUCAAGACGAGGAUGCUGGACUGCGUUAGAAGUGACGGCAAAUCUGUUGACCUCAAGUACUGCGAGGAGCUGCGCUUAGAGAAGAAAUGGCAGAUGAAUGCUUCCUGUACGGUGGAGUGUCCAGUCAACUGCCAGCUCUCUGAUUGGUCAGCAUGGUCAGACUGCUCACAGACCUGUGGCCUUGAAGGGAAGAUGUGGCGCAGACGGACGGUGGUUGAGGCGUCUCAGGGGGACGGCAGGCCGUGUCCGUCUCAGAUGGAGCAGUGGAAGCCGUGUCCUGUGAGACCCUGUUACAGAUGGCAGUACGGCCCGUGGUCCGAGUGCCGUGUAGAGGAGGUGGUGUGCGGGGUGGGCCUGCGUUUCCGGAACCUGUCGUGCUUUGUAUCAGACGGCUCCGGCGAUGGGAAGAGCAGCAUUGUAGAGGAAGAGCUCUGUGCUGGAUUGGAGCAGGCCGUCGAUGGAGAUAAGAAUAUUGUUCUGGAGGAGACCUGCACCUUACCCUGCCCUGGUGACUGUUACCUGAUGGAGUGGUCCGACUGGAGCCCGUGUCAGAGUGUGUGUGUGAAGGGCCAGCGUUUGGACUUCACCCCGGUGCAGGUCCGUUCACGUGCCGUCAUCGCGCAGGAGCCGGAGAACAUCGCUCAGUGCCCCGAUCAGGAGUGGCAGACCCGGCCCUGCAGCAACGGGGAGUGUUAUGAGUACCAGUGGAUGGGCAAUCCUCAGCUGAUCUGGUGUCAACGCUCGGAUGGAAUAAACGUCACAGGUGGAUGCCCUCCAGCACUACUGCCAGGGACGGACCAGUCAUGUGAUCCACCUUGUGACAAACCACAGUCAUUUUGCUCAGAGGAGGGCGUGUGUAUAUGUGAGGAUGGCUAUACCGAGGUGCUGACAGCCGAGGGGAUGCUGGAGCAGUGUACGCCCAUCCCUGUGCUCGAAAUCCCCACUGCAGGGGACAAGAAAGCUGACGUGAAGACCAGCCGGGCCAUCAAUCCCACCCUGCCCACCACGGUUCAGCCUGGCCGCGCCGGACGCACCUGGUACCUGCAACCAUUUGGACCAGAUGGAAAGCUGAAGACGUGGGUGUACGGCGUGGCGGCAGGUGUUUUUGUCCUCCUGGUAUUUAUAGUGUCAAUGAUUUACCUCGCAUGCAGUUACUGUGCCAUCAGGCGGUCUCUCGGGACGCCAGAUUCUGCCAACGGUACGGUGGUAUGGAUGGGCCAAGAUGCCCAUGAGCUGACCUACACCUGCCCUGAGUGCCAGCAGCCAAGUCAAGAGUCAAGAGCCAGUUAAAGGCUGGAGAAACAGGCUCCUGAUGUCCUGACAUCUCAGCCCCCUCUACCUCGUGCCUCCACCGCAGUCUGUGCCUUAAGUUCUGAUGCUAAAUGCAUCAAGCUGCCCGGCAAAAAGCCAAAGAAACCUCAGCGAAGACAAAAUAAUAAUCGAUUGAAAUCCCUGACCCUGGCAUACGACGGAGAUGUGGACAUGUAGCCCUGCUCAGAAAGCUAACAUCAUGAAAAAUAUCAUCAGCAAAUGGUUGAAACUCAUGAAAACAUGUCCAGGUCACAUUAUACCCCUAAUUCGAAAAAAAAAAAAAAAAUAAGUAAUGAUAUUUUGCAUAGAUGAAACAAAGCCUAUUUUAGCACCUUUGUACAUUACAAAAUUAUGAAAAUGACAUUAUUGCAUUAUUUAUGAAAAUUAAGCAAUUUCUUCCUAAAUUCAUUCUGCAAUGCAUCUGAACAAUUUAUUUUGUGUUUUUGUAAUUGUCAGUAUUGUCAACAGUGAUUCUCAUUUUUUUUUUUAAAUCAUAAUAAAUUAAAGACAAUAUAACAAAUAUCAUGAUAUAUUAAUACAUAUUUAGUGAAAUAUAUUAAACUUUUGCAUUACAAUAAAUUUUUGGGGUAAAUGUCCUUAAUUGUCAUUCAAAUAUCACAAUGCAAAUAGUCCUUAGGCUUCAUAUUUUGUUUAUGAAAAAUGUAAUUUCUUACCUUUUUACCAUUUGAUUUUGGGGUGAAGUAUGACCCAGGAAUGUUCUUGAGAUUCAACCAAAUAAAAAAAUGCCUAACCACAAA